CGGCGCCGGGGAGCGACCGGCUGCUGGGUUGAGGCAGGAACGAGCGCUUGGCGGGAGAGGGGAGCCCUGAGGAAAACCAGUCGACCUGAUUACGGCAGCCUGCUCAUUCCUGAGGGCAAAAAGGUCUGGCCUACGAAGUCGGGACCCAACUUAAGGUGUUAGGAAUCCGCCUGCGACCUGUGCUGUCACUCCCUGCCCGAAAGAACCGAACCUUCAGCCAGGAGGUGCGGCUGGCCGGCCCCGGGCCCCGGCCUCCGUAAUGAGAGCCUCGGGACACACUCUGGGCAGCUGCUUUUCAGGUGAGGGUGACUGUUGACUAGUGAAAAAAAGGGACUCAAGGUUCACGACUCUCUUCUUACUGGCAGUGGAACGACCUGUGGAAACCUGCGAUCUGUUCUCAUUAAAUAAAUCUCUGGAUUCCUAUAGGCAAUGGAAACUGAUCUCAAUUCCCAGGACAGAAAGGACCUGGACAAGUUUAUUAAAUUUUUUGCCCUCAAGACUGUCCAAGUGAUUGUCCAGGCUCGACUUGGUGAAAAGAUUUGCACUCGUUCAUCUUCUUCCCCAACGGGUUCAGAUUGGUUUAACUUAGCAAUCAAAGACAUCCCAGAAGUAACACAUGAAGCAAAGAAGGCAUUGGCAGGGCAGCUGCCUGCGGUUGGGCGCUCUAUGUGUGUGGAGAUCUCACUCAAGACUUCUGAGGGAGAUUCUAUGGAGCUGGAAAUUUGGUGUCUUGAAAUGAAUGAAAAGUGUGAUAAAGAAAUCAAAGUUUCUUACACAGUCUAUAACAGACUGUCACUGCUGCUGAAGUCUCUUCUUGCUAUAACUAGGGUGACACCAGCCUACAGACUAUCCAGAAAACAAGGGCAUGAAUACGUCAUAUUGUACAGGAUAUAUUUUGGGGAAGUUCAGUUGAAUGGCUUAGGAGAAGGCUUCCAGACGGUUCGUGUUGGGACAGUGGGUACUCCUGUUGGUACCAUCACUCUUUCUUGUGCUUACAGAAUUAACUUGGCAUUCAUGUCUACCAGGCAAUUUGAGAGAACCCCACCUAUCAUGGGGAUUAUCAUUGAUCACUUUGUGGACCGUCCCUAUCCUAGCUCCUCUCCCAUGCACCCCUGCAAUUACAGAACUGCAGGUGAGGAUGCUGGAGUAACAUAUCCAUCAGUGGAAGACUCUCAAGAAGUGUGUACCACCUCUUUUUCCACAUCCCCUCCCUCCCAGCUCAUGGUUCCAGGGAAGGAAGGUGGGGUACCCCUUGCUCCCACCCAGCCUACUCAUGGCGCCCAGGCUGACCAGGAAAGAUUGGCAACUCACACACCUUCCGAUGGGAUCCACUGUGCGGUUACCCCUUCCAGCAGUGAGGAUGCUGAAACUGUAUCUAACAGCAGCGAGGGACGGGCCUCCCCACAUGAUGUCCUAGAAACCAUCUUUGUCCGAAAAGUGGGAGCCUUUGUCAACAAACCCAUCAACCAGGUGACUCUGACAAGUUUGGACAUACCUUUUGCCAUGUUUGCUCCCAAGAAUUUGGAGCUGGAAGAUGCCGAUCCUAUGGUAAAUCCUCCCGAGUCCCCAGAGACAGCAUCUCCUCUCCACGGCAGCCUGCACUCCAAUGGCUCCAGUGGAGGCAGCAGUGGCAAUGCGCAUGAUGACUUUGUGAUGAUUGACUUCAAACCUGCUUUUUCUAAAGAUGACAUUCUUCCAAUGGACUUGGGGACUUUCUAUCGUGAAUUUCAGAACCCUCCUCAGCUGAGCAGCCUUUCCAUAGAUAUUGGAGCCCAGUCCAUGGCUGAAGACUUGGAUUCACUACCAGAGAGGCUGGCUGUGCAUGAGAAGAACGUCCGCGAAUUUGAUGCCUUUGUAGAAACCCUGCAGUAAAAAAAUGUCCUGAGUACCAGCAGCAUCCCUGUGGUCCCAGGGGGCUGAGAGCCCCUCACUCCUCAGUUACUCCCUUCCCUCAUGCUGCUUCCAGAAUGGUUCCCCAGGGGGACCCAGAAGCCUCUGCUCUUGGACCAUCCUGAGACUCCAUGGUGGCAGUGAAGCCUAGUAACUGCGGGUAGAAGGGCUUGCCUCCAGGCCUUUCAGCUAGACCUGGGUUAAUGGGCCUCAGCAGAACCACCCACCCACGUUCCACCGGUCAUUAUCAGUUGUUUCACAAAGGAUGUCACCUAGUUUCUGUUGCUCCAGCCUCCUACCUAGGGCUGCCCUGAAGCUGGCUGGUCCCCUUGCCUGCCUGCUCUUACCAUCAACCAUUUGACAUUCCAGCUAGUGGCCCACAGGCUGGGGCAAGGCAGAAAGAAGGAGAACAUGUUGGGGAGGA